AGUUGACAGACGAUAUUUCAACUGGACGGAAGUUGAUGCCGGAGAAGUCUCUUGGCUCAUUUUAAGACUCAUUCUCUCGGGUGACGAAUAAUUUCGGUUUGUGAAUUCUUGAUGGGUGUUUAUAAGUGAAGUUCUUUCCACUCCGCAAAAAAAAACAGCUGUGUGACGUGCUUCAUACAAAUGUUAAUUUAAUUAAAUAAUUUAGAGAGAUAAUUUUCGAGUGAGAAGAAUUGCUUCCUAUACCAAAAAUUCCUUGGAAGCUUUUUUUUUGUAUACAGCAUCUCUUAGUUGUUUCCGUGUACCUUCUUCAAUCUUUUUUUUUUACUCAAUGUUCCUCCCGGUUUUUCUUUAAGAACAGGGGAAAAAAAAGAACCAUUGUAACACCAAAAGUGUGAUGAAUAAUACUUUGUGGUAAAUACACUUUUGUGUUGUUUUUACUUAUCGUGGAUUAGCGUUAAAAAAGGUGAAAAGUAGGGUGGUGAGAAAAGAGAGAAAAAGAAUAGGGAAAGAAGGGUGAAAAAUCAAGUUGGAGUUAGCUGAAUUUGGAGGGUGGAAGAGAGAGAGAGUGAAAAAGAUGAAAAAUCAAAAGUUCAUACACUGAAUGAGUUUUCAAUAUAAAACCCGAGUUUUUCACCACGAAAAGCCCAGUCAAAAGCACGACGCCAGACACGGUGGAAAGUACCGCAGAAAAUGUGCUAUAUUUUUUCAUUCACAUACCUUUGUAUCUCGUGUUCGCCCUUUUUGUGUAUCGUGCUAUCAUGAAAAUUUGUGAAAACACUAAAGAUUGAUGUGUGAUAAAAUUGAGCAUUGAGUAACAACAACGGAAAAAAAUCAUACAAAUUUUCCUAUUCAAUAUCAGACUACCCUAACAGAGGGGCCGAAUACGAAAAAAAAACGAAAAAAAAUCAUCCGGGACAUGAAACCACGAAUUGAUAUUGUUCAGAGGUAGAUUCUUAAUUAAAAAUAGCGAAAUAUUGACUUUUUUCUAACCAUUAGUGUGUUCAAUGGAUGAAAAGGAUGAAAUAUGGUGAUUAUGGAAUAGUAUGAAAUGGAACCGUCAAAUAUAAGUAAUAAUAAAUUUAUUUGCUUCUGUGUUGUGCUACAAAAAAAAAGUUAGUGAUCGUGUGGAGAAGUAGUCACCAAUGUAAUCUACUGAGGCACUACCAUUGAAGAAAAAGCCAAGAGAGGUGUAGGAGAAAAAAAUAAAUUGUGGAAUUUUCCAGUGGAACAAACUUCGAAGUUGCACAUACGCCUUCAACUCCAAAACCAAAAAUAAUCAAAGUGUUUAACAAAAUUUUCAAACUCAUGUCAUCAACAUUUUCAUACUCUGGAGAAUGAUUUAAAAAAAAAAGAAUGGAACAAAUGUUGACUCAAUGAAAGUUAUAACACCGGAGGGAAGAGUGUCUGUGAUUAUCUGGAACUCAAACUGGAAGUAGAAGCAACCGUGAAACUUGGGAAGUUCGGCGAGAGUAAGAAAAAAACGCAGACCUUGUUGAUUCUUCAACGGAAACUUGUCCGGAUUUAAGUUGAGCGUGGAAAGAGCCAAAGUUAUAUAUAUAAAAUAUGGAAAUUGCAACUUCGACACCAAUGUUGCGCUCCUAUUCCGUUGAUGCACACAAGAGGGACUGGGGCAAGAGACUUUCGCUGCGUGGGAGUCGCAGGACGAGGGAGGAUACAACAGUCAGAAAAACGGGAUUCACUCGGCGUGCGGCUUCCCUGCGACAGACAAGAACGGCUCAAGUGUCACUAGAACUCCAAGUGCCACCCUCAUCUUGGGCGCCAAUGGUUAACACUGGUACCCUUAAGAAGUCCAACUGGGAGGUAAUCGAACAUUUCAACACGGGACCCAAGGGACGUGGCUCUGUUAGUAGCAGCUUGAUUGCCAUUGGGGUGACAAAGUGCAACCUGGACGACUCUCUUGGUUCAAAUUUCUCCGGAUCCACGUGCAACAGUCCCAUGGCAAAUCGAGAAGUUAAUCAACGACUAUUACCUGCGGACGAAUCGAGGGAUCAGGAGGCUCUCUACAAAAAUGAGAAUGAUUCGAAGGGAUCAAUCUGGUACCGCCUCAAUAAGUUAAUUAUCCAAAUGUGUAGUAGUCAUCAGUUUAAGAAUCUACAAGUGGAAAUGCUGUAUCAACGAUACUUCCUCAGGAUGAAUCAGAGCAACACCACACACAUUGUGGGACUUUUACUGGCUCUAGUGCUAAUACUAUCAGUCAUUCACAUUUUAUUUGCCAUCACGUCCUGGGGCUUGGUGUCACAGACGUCAGAUAUCGUAGUCAAUAGUACCAGACUUCCCACAUUCAAUAAUUCAGCUGCAUUCAUCUCACACGAUGCAAAGAUGUUAAACAUCAUAGACUCCCAGCAGAUACAAGUAAUUGAUGGGAACAUGGUGGCAGGUGUAGAAAGAAAUUGGACGGAGAAUCGUGGAGUGACGACGAUGAGGGAACAAUUGAACAGGUUCAGUGUUUGGAUGGAUGAGACAACAGUGGCAAGUAAUGCCACGAACAACGAGAGCAUGCGAAUGGAGCUGGAGGAGAAAAAGUUUCUGGAGUACUCGAGGAAUUCAUCUGACCAAUUCACAAGCAUUUUACCAUCAAUUAUUACCUUAAUUGCCUGUGCUGUAGUUUACAUCUUUCUCCUUAUUGCUCUUUCAAAGCCAGCAAUCAAUGAGGUAUUUUUAGUAUUAGUGUCUUAUGCCAUUAUCGCAACGUUCUUCGCCAUUGAAGUGUGUCUCUCUUUAACCAAUUACUACAGUGCCAUUGAUGGUGUCAAUGGGAGCACAUUGAUUUUUGUCUAUUUGACUUAUGCGAUGCUACCGGUGAGACUGAGAGAAGCCAUCGUGGGUGGAUGUUUCCUCACGGCCACGCACAUCAUCAUUGAUGCGUGCGUGAACACUAGGGAGUGGCAUCAGCUGACAUCCACAGCCGUUGCUCUCAUUUGCACCAAUCUGGCCGGAGCCUAUACACACUGGCCACGAGAAAAGGCACAGCGAAAGGCCUUCCUGGAGACGAGGCAGUGUAUCGAAGCCAGACUUCGAACACAGCGGGAGAACCAGCAGCAGGAGCGACUCCUGCUGUCGGUACUCCCGCGCCACGUGGCCAUGGAGAUGAAGGAUGAUAUUGCAGGUCAGCCUAGAGAAGCACAAUUUCACAAAAUCUACAUCCAGCGACACGACAAUGUGUCCAUCCUCUUUGCUGACAUCUGUGGCUUCACCAGUCUCUCGGAUCAAUGCACUGCCGAAGAACUGGUGAGGUUGCUCAAUGAACUCUUUGCGCGCUUCGAUCGGCUUGCUGCCGAGCAUCACUGCCUAAGAAUCAAGCUUCUCGGCGACUGCUAUUAUUGCGUCUCAGGAUUACCAGAAGCCAGGCCUGAUCAUGCUCAUUGCGCCGUGGAAAUGGGGCUUGACAUGAUAGACGCCAUUGCCCUCGUGCGGGAAGUGAUGGCUGUGAAUGUAAACAUGAGGGUGGGAAUUCACACAGGACGCGUCCACUGUGGGGUACUUGGACUCAAGAAGUGGCAGUUCGAUGUGUGGUCAAAUGACGUGACACUGGCCAAUCACAUGGAAAGUGGCGGUAUUCCCGGACGUGUUCACAUCACCAAAGAGACACUCAAAUGCCUGGAUGGGGACUAUGAAGUGGAGGAGGGACGGGGAUCAGAGAGGAAUUCCUACCUCAAGGAUCAUCAAAUAGAAACAUUCCUCAUUGUUCCUGGCGACACGUAUCAGCAGCACAAGAGGCCUAAUCAUUCAUUCUCAAUGAACGGAAAUAUCUCAAAGGAGCUGAGAAUGAUGGGUCAUGGUUCACAGAAAAAUACCUCCUCCAAGUACGAUCGAUUGGGCUUCUCGGAUGUGCAUGAAAUUAAGGAUCCUGAGGAUGAAGUCAACGACUAUCUCAUGCGUGCCAUUGAUGCUAGGAGUAUCGAUCGUUUGAGGUCAGAACACUGCAAGCACAUCCUUCUGACUUUUAAGAAGGGCGACAUUGAAAAAAAGUACGCCAAAGAGCCCGAUCGAAUGCUCAACAUUUACUUCUACUGCACUGUGAUAAUGUUUUCUGGAAUGAUACUCAUCCAAUGGUUGAUCUUUCCUUUAAACAUAUACAAUUACAUUGUGAUGAGCUUUUUAUGGAGUUUCCUGCUUCUACUUUGUGGUGCUGUCGUGGCCAAAGACUACAAAUGGUGUCUAGUACAUUUAAAGUUGUUAUCUCGACGAAUUCACAAGCAACGAGUCAUUGCACAGAUUCUGUCUUUCCUUGUGGUAUUCAUCGUCAAGUGUUUGGCUUAUUCCACCGUUAUUAUUGUAAAGGACGAAUUUAUCUGUUUGAAUGAGACAAUCUCGAAUGACAUCAAGACGGAUUGUGGAGCCACAACAAUAACAAAUACAUUUCUACUUCUCACGAUAAUCUCCAUGGUGACUUGUGCAGUUCACCAAGUUCUCAAGAUAGUCCUCAAGAUGUUUUUGCUCGUGUCGCUGGCAAUCAUUUAUAUUGUCACGAGCUUUUCCCAAAGUAUUGAGCUUGAGGCAAUUUUUGGAUGGUGGAGCGGUAGCAAGAAUCUCACAUCGUCCAUUGAGGAUUCGCUAUUUGUGGUAAUUUUUGUGGUUGCCCUCAUUUUUCACAGUCAUCAAGUUGAGGCCACGUAUCGAUUGGAUUUCCUGUGGAAACUCCAAGCGACAGAGGAGAAGGAAGAUAUGGAACAUCUUCAGGCGUACAAUCGCAAACUCCUGGCCAACAUCCUUCCAGUUCACGUGGCAGAACACUUCCUCAGUCGUGACAAGAAUAUCGAUGAGUUGUACCAUGAGCAAUGUGAGAGUGUUUGUGUCCUUUUCGCUUCAAUUCCCAAUUUCUCAGAAUUCUAUGUCGAACUCGAGGCCAACAAUGAAGGAGUCGAAUGUCUCAGACUUCUCAAUGAAAUCAUCGCGGACUUUGAUGAAUUGCUCGGUGAAGAGAGAUUCAGGUACAUUGAGAAAAUCAAGAGUACAGGAGCAACGUACAUGGCUGCAUCCGGACUGACUGCAAAUACUUGUGACAUGGUGAAUUAUCGUCAUGUCACUUCCAUGGCAGACUAUGCACUGAGACUCCUGGAGCAGAUCAACGAGGUCAAUACGCACAGUUUCAACAACUUCCGGAUGCGAAUAGGAAUCAAUAUUGGGCCUGUUGUGGCGGGAGUAAUUGGUGCCCGGAAGCCUCAGUAUGACAUCUGGGGCAAUGCUGUGAAUGUGGCUAGUCGGAUGGAUUCUACGGGAUUGCUGGAUCACAUCCAGGUGACGCAGGAGGUGUAUCAAAUUCUACAACCGCGGGGGUACCCACUGGAGUGCCGGGGGAGUGUCAAUGUAAAGGGAAAGGGUUCAAUGGUGACAUACUUCCUGACGGGAUCAGCUCGAGCGGACCUAGUGACAUUUCCCACGACCAAUGAAGGCCUGAAGCAGCAGCCAAGCUCAAGUACAACGACUUCGGAUGAUGUUACUGGGAAUCCGGACAAAUCCUGCGCACAGGGAAGUGAUAAUCCAACAGCUCUGCGGAGGAAGAGUCUCUGCAGGCAGAAUGACAUUGUGCCAUAUUUUAGCAUCUCCCUGAGUCCGAGUGUCUCCACGGGCAGCUGCAUCAGUGGAAUUCAGGCAAGUGGGGCAAUUUCUAGUGAUUCCGGGGAAGCUGUAAAGUACCCAACGACCAAGUCUGAUUCAACAGAGUCCGGAAGGGCUGUCAAAACGGCCGCUGAUAUCAAGGGACAUCGACAGAGGGUGGAAAAGAGCACAAUGCAGGAUUCCAUUGAGAGCCUGGAAAAAUUACUGAAGAGUGACAUUGGCCUGGCCAAUUUGGGUGCUGUGAAAAUUCCACCAUUUCGUCAUCCCACCACCGAGGGGCACAAUGAGGAGAAUAUUGUGCCAUAUUGUGUGGAAAAUCACCAGGAGAAGAAUAUCUCCACAUCGUCGGAGACUGUGAUCAAUGUACCUCAAGUGAUGAAUGAGGCAAAAAGUGAUGCACCAAAGAUCCUCAAGAAUUCCCAUUCCAUGUAUCCAAUUGCGCUGGAACAGCAAAAAGUUAGGGGGGAAUCUCUCAUGUCCACCAGCAAAAGUCUCAAUUUAUUGCCAUUCAUUGAUGUCAAUGGUGUUAAAGUGGUCUUGGAAGAUAUCACCAAUUGUCGAAAUUAGUCUCAUAUCGCGCGCAUUUCUCUUCUUUUCUAUGCUGUGCUGUGACUGUGGACUGCGCGGUGGCCCCCAGAGACAGCAUCCAAGGAAAAAAAAACAAAAACUUUUCUGUGACAUUAAAAAUCAAUCAAUUAUAAUAAGAAGUUGGUGUUGUUGCAAUUUGAGAGAGGAAAUUCCAUCGUGAUAUUCAUAUCAGACGAUGUUUGUGAUACAAUCUCUUCCCUCCCUCUUUUCUAGAGAGUCUCAAAAGCCAGAUGACUAAAAUUCUUAGGCCAACAAAAUGUUUUGCCCCAUUAAAUUUUAUUUUUCUAGUGUCCCCAUUGUGGUUAAUUGUUAUUUGUUGAGAGCUUUUACAUCUCUGUAAAGUGCUUCUGUGAUAAAAUUAGUGGAAAUCUUCUUGGAAUUUAUUUAAAGUUCAAAGAAAAAGCAGUUAUUCAGAGGUUGAUU